AUGGAGAACCCCCUGGACCAUGUGUUCAGCACGUACCAGGUUAACAUCAUGCAGUCGUGUGACCAGUGCAACUCCUAUAUCGGGGGCAUGGAGAAAGUCUACAUGUGCAGCUGUGAGUACCUCAUAGACAUAAACACACACAUAUAGGCAUUCUGACAACUCUCACAUUCUAGUAACAACUAAUAACAAGGAUAACAGUCUCCAGUGAUUGAUGUGAAUGCUGAGCAUGCUUUAAACAUACAUAACCCAAAACAUUAUAACCAUUACAUACUGGGACCCAUCGUGGAUGCAAAUGUUAAUAGCCUCCCAUUCUGGUUUUAUUCUUCCAGAUUGUAAGAUGGUGUGCCACAAGAAGUGCCUUUGCAAAAUUGUCACAGACUGCUCCACGUUUUGUGUCAAAAAGGUAGGCAUUGACCUCACAUAUUCGUAAACUACAUUGACAUACUUCCAUGAUUUAGGUGUGCAAAUCUGAAAUCAGUAUUGGUCGCUAGGUGACUGGUGACUAAAACGCCUCUGACUGUUGGUGUCUGUCUGUGUGCAGAUUGACGAGGAGUCGGGAGGCCUACACUUUGGGGUGCGCUUGUGUCACCUGACCAGCGAGGACAACCCCAUUCCCAUAGUGCUGGAGAUGAUGCUGGAGCAUGUGGAGAUGAAUGGCCUGUUAACAGAGGGAAUCUACCGCAAGUCAGGCUCCGCCAACCGCAUGAAGGAGCUCCACCAGCUAAUGGAGACUGGUAAGGGCCAGCCAGCCCAUAAUAUUAUAAACAGUAUACCAUUGCUUUCAGAGAGCUGAAAAGAUUAUGAUGGGUAACACUUUAUUUGAGGGGUGUACGUAAGACAUACUUAACAUUAAACACCUACACUUUUUACUGCUCUAAUUACGUUGGUAACCAGUUUAUAAUAGCAAUAAGGCACCCCAGGGGUUUGUGGUAUAUGGCCAAUAUAUUGCGGCUAAGGGCUGUAUCCAGGCACUCCGCUUUGCGUCAUGCAUAAGAACAGCCCUUAGCCUCAAAUAAAGUGUUACCCAUGCUUAAUUAAACACCUACACAAGCACUAGAGUAGUAGUAUUUUUCAAGUUUCAUAGUGCCAAUGUAGAUCUUAUGUAUGACAUAAGUAUACCUCCUUCAAGUUCCCAUUCCAUGGCCUGUCUAAUGGUUGUUGAUGUAUUGUGUGGCAGACCCCCACGCUGUGUGCCUGGAGAACUACCCCAUCCACACAGUGACGGGGCUGAUCAAACAGUGGCUGAGAAAGCUGCCUGACCCCCUCAUGACCUUCACUCAUUACAAUGACUUCCUUCGGGCCGUGGGUGAGUCCUGUUAUAGCUCUGCCUCACUCUGUACUGUGACUCUUCUCCAGGAUCAAGGGAGAGAUGGGUACUCUUGUUCGUUUGGGAUUUUGUAAUAUAAUGUACGUCCACUAGGGGGAGUCCCUAUAUCAGCCCAGGGGGGUUAUCUUCUCCUUGGUAUAUUCGACUGCUCUACCAGGUCAAUGCCAAAAAAAUAAAGGAAAUACUUGAGUAAAUGAGGGAUACAAAGUAUAUUGAAAUCAGGUGUGGUUCCUCAGUUAAUUAAACAAUUAAAACAUUCCAUCAUGCUUAAGGUCAUAAAAAUGCCCAGUUAUCCAUUAUUUUGGCUACCAUCGCUAGAGAUCUCAGUGACUUUGAAAGAGGGGUCUCAAAGGAGCUUAGGGGAUUUAAAGGUUGUGUGUUAGUGUGUGUGUGUGUCUCAGUCACCAGAUCUUAACCCAAUUGAACACUUAUGGUAGCAGCGCCUGAGACAGCGUUUUCCGCCACCCCUCGACAAAACAACAAAUUAUGGAAUUUCUCGUGGAAGAAUGGUGUCACAUUACAGUUCCAGACACAUUACAGUUCCAGACACAUUACAGUUCCAGACACAUUACAGUUCCAGACACAUUACAGUUCCAGACACAUUACAGUUCCAGACACAUUACAGUUCCAGACACAUUACAGUUCCAGACACAUUACAGUUCCAGACACAUUACAGUUCCAGACACCUAUUAAGACACUUUAUGUUGGUGUUUCCUUUAUUUUGGCAGUUACAGUGGGGGAAAAAAGUAUUUAAUCAGCCACCAAUUGUGCAAGUUCUCCAACUUAAAAAGAUGAGAGAGGCCUGUAAUUUUCAUCAUAGGUACACGUCAACUAUGACAGACAAAUUGAGAAAAAAAAAUCCUGAAAAUCACAUUGUAGGAUUUUUUAUUAAUUUAUUUCUAAUUUAUGGUGGAAAAUAAGUAUUUGGUCACCUACAAACAAGCAAGAUUUGUGGCUCUCACAGACCUGUAACUUCUUCUUUAAGAGGCUCCUCUGUCCUCCACUCAUUACCUGUAUUAAUGGCACCUGUUUGAACUUGUUAUCAGUAUAAAAGACACCUGUCCACAACCUCAAACAGUCACACUCCAAACUCCACUAUGGCCAAGACCAAAGAGCUGUCAAAGGACACCAGAAACAAAAUUGUAGACCUGCACCAGGCUGGGAAGACUGAAUCUGCAAUAGGUAAGCAGCUUGGUUUGAAGAAAUCAACUGUGGGAGCAAUUAUUAGGAAAUGGAAGACAUACAAGACCACUGAUAAUCUCCCUCGAUCUGGGGCUCCACGCAAGAUCUCACCCCGUGGGGUCAAAAUGAUCACAAGAACGGUGAGCAAAAAUCCCAGAACCACACGGGGGGACCUAGUGAAUGACCUGCAGAGAGCUGGGACCAAAGUAACAAAGCCUACCAUCAGUAACACACUACGCCGCCAGGGACUCAAAUCCUGCAGUGCAAGACGUGUCCUCCUGCUUAAGCCAGUACAUGUCCAGGCCCGUCUGAAGUUUGCUAGAGUGCAUUUGGAUGAUCCAGAAGAGGACUGGGAGAAUGUCAUAUGGUCAGAUGAAACCAAAAUAGAACUUUUUGGUAAAAACUCAACUCGUCGUGUUUGGAGGACAAAGAAUGCUGAGUUGCAUCCAAAGAACACCAUACCUACUGUGAAGCAUGGGGGUGGAAACAUCAUGCUUUGGGGCUGUUUUUCUGCAAAGGGACCAGGACGACUGAUCCGUGUAAAGGAAAGAAUGAAUGGGGCCAUGUAUCGUGAGAUUUUGAGUGAAAACCUCCUUCCAUCAGCAAGGGCAUUGAAGAUGAAAUGUGGCUGGGUCUUUCAGCAUGACAAUGAUCCCAAACACACCGCCCGGGCAACGAAGGAGUGGCUUCGUAAGAAGCAUUUCAAGGUCCUGGAGUGGCCUAGCCAGUCUCCAGAUCUCAACCCCAUAGAAAAUCUUUGGAGAAAGUCCAUGUUGCCCAGCGACAGCCCCAAAACAUCACUGCUCUAGAGGAGAUCUGCAUGGAGGAAUGGGCCAAAAUACCAGCAACAGUGUGUGAAAACCUUGUGAAGACUUACAGAAAACAUUUGACCUGUGUCAUUGCCAACAAAGGGUAUAUAACAAAGUAUUGAGAAAAUUUUGUUAUUGACCAAAUACUUAUUUUACACCAUAAUUUGCAAAUAAAUUCAUAAAAAAUCCUACAAUGUGAUUUUCUGGAUUUUUUUUCUUCUCAUUUUGCCUGUCAUAGUUGACGUGAACCUAUGAUGAAAAUUACAGGCCUCUCUCAUCUUUUUAAGUGGGAGAACUUGCACAAUUGGUGGCUGACUAAAUACUUUUUUUCCCCACUGUACCUGUAUUCUACUGAAUGUUGAAAUGCGUAAUAUUGUUGACUGUCAGCAAUCCCUACACUGUGGCGUUGUUGUUGAUUAUACAUUGUGGUAUUCCUCACCUUUCUCUAGAACUUCCUGAAAAGCAAGAGCAGCUACAUGCCAUCUACAAAGUGUUGGAACAGCUCCCCACCGCAUGCUUCAACACCUUGGAAAGACUUUUCUUCCAUCUAGUCAAGUACAUACUCUUCAUGGCUGGGGCUCUCUCUCAAAAGAGAUAACCAUCUCAAUAGGACUCACAUGGUUUAAACAUUGCAAUUGCAAUAUUGUAGUGUGUAUUGCUGUAUAAAUAUUGAAUUAACUUAUUUUCCCUUCAACAUGAGUAAUAUUUUUCUCUCUUCCAGAGUGUCUAAAGACGAGUCUCACAACCGCAUGUCUCCCAACUCCCUGGCCAUUGUGUUUGCCCCCUGCAUCCUCCGCUGCCCAGACAGCGCCGACCCACUCAUGAGCAUGAAGGACGUUGUCAAGACCACCACGUAAGUAUCUCUCUGAUCAAUGCAUAGACAGAAACUACUGUUACUUUAUAUAUAAAACAUAUUUUUAUUAAUUCAGAUAAAAAACAUCCCACAAUAAGAUAAUAGUCCACUUAGAAUGGAUUUGAUUGAUCUCAACCCUAGUCUUUGCUGUUAUCAAGUGAAUAUUUUGUUCGGGCAACUAGGUAGGACACCCACUGUAUAGAAACCAAUGCAGUGCCUUUACCACAAUAGAAAUGAUGACUAACAGGUAAUGUCGCUGUGUCCCAGAUGUGUGGAGAUGUUGAUCAACGAGCAGAUCAGACGCUACAAUGAGAAGUUGGAGGAGAUCGAACAGCUGGAGCACGCUGAGGCUCUGGCCGUCAACCAGCUCAAACUCAAGAGACAGAACACGGUGAGGACAAUUCUACAUGGUCUGGUCUGUCUGGACACUACCCAGGGUUGAGGUCAAUUCAGGAAGUAAACUGACAUUUCUAUUCCAAUUUUCCUCAAUGCUUCUCUGUCGCUUUCUGAAUUGACUGAAUUGGAAUGGAAUUGAUCCCAACACUGACACCAGGUCCAUAGACUCAGUAGACAGACCGACCAUAGUCACCAACUUGAUUUACUACAUACUGUAGGGCAGGGGUGUACUACUACACUCCUGAUCCUGUAAGGCUGCAGGUGUUUCAGUGUCAGUGUAUUGUCCAAUAUCCACCAUGGGUUACUGCUCAUUGUUUUGUGGUUCUCCCUUGUUUCUCUUCAGCUGCUCUGGCAUUUGCCCCUCAGGUUUUCUGCUCCUUACAAAGGAGUGGUGGUACGUAUCCACGUUGCUCUGGUCCUCCUGGUAGCUAGAUGCUGUUUGCCAUUCCCAACCGUCUGUGCAUGACAUGAAGUAGUCGAUGCCCCCCAUCCCCUUCUCUCCUCUUCAUACUAACUGAUGGGAUACAAUACUGCAGUGUUUCUAGAGCGCUACUGGGCAUGCAAGCUUUUGUUCCAGCCCAGCAGUAACACACCUGGAUCCAAGCAAAGACAAUGAUCAGUUGAUUCUGUGACAGAGAUGUGUUAGUACUAGGUGUGUGUUAGUGCUAGGUGUGUGUUAGUGCUAGGUGUGUGUUAGUGCUAGGUGUGUGUUAGUGCUAUGUGUGUGUUAGUACUAGGUGUGUGUUAUUGCUAGGUGUGUGUUAGUACUGGGUGUGUGUUAGUACUAGGUGUGUGUUAGUACUAGGUGUGUGUUAGUACUAGGUGUGUGUUAGUACUAGGUGUGUGUUAGUACUAGGUGUGUGUUAGUACUAGGUGUGUGUUAGUACUGGGUGUGUGUUAGUACUAGGUGUGUGUUAGUGCUAGGUGUGUGUUAGUGCUAGGUGUGUGUUAGUGCUAGGUGUGUGUUAGUGCUAGGUGUGUGCUAGUGCUAGGUGUGUGUUAGUGCUAGGUGUGUGUUAGUGCUAGGUGUGUGUUAGUAUUAGGUGUGUGUUAGUACUAGGUGUGUGUUAGUACUAGGUGUGUGUUAGUACUGGGUGUGUGGUAGUACUGGGUGUGUGGUAGUACAAGGUGUGUGGUAGUACUAGGUGUGUGGUAGUACUAGGUGUGUGGUAGUACAAGGUGUGUGGUAGUACAAGGCGUGUGUUAGUACUAGGCGUGUGUUAGUACUAGGCGUGUGUUAGUACUAGGCAUGUGGUAGUACUAGGUGUGUGGUAGUACUGGGUGUGUGGUAGUACUAGGUGUGUGUUAGUACUAGGUGUGUGGUAGUACAAGGUGUGUGGUAGUACAAGGUGUGUGUUAGUACUAGGCGUGUGUUAGUACUAGGCGUGUGGUAGUACUAGGUGUGUGGUAGUACUAGGUGUGUGUUAGUACUGUUAGAACAAAGGCCUGCAUACCUACUACUAGUAGCUCUAUGCGACUAGAUGUUAGACCCCUGCUAUACUGCAUGUUGGUUUCAGCCCUCAGUGUCUGUGAUGUGAAGGUUCUUCAGAGUGACGGUGUUUGGGUUGAUGUUGUUGGUCUUUUCUACAUGUGACUUGUGUGUGGUUUGACUCAUGUAUGGUUUGACUAGUAUUUGGUGACUUUACUCUUGAUCAUAGCCUGCUUGUGCUGUAUGGAACAUACAUGAUUCCACACUGUACAACCUCAGGAUAGGAUGGAUGGUUUGUGGAUUCUCCCUGUUAACCGGUACCAAGCCUUGGUACUCAUGGAGCUGGGGAAUGUUUGACAUGGGAAUGAGUUGUCUUCUUGAUGAUGUCUUUUUCUCCUGGUGUAAAAUAACCUUUGCUUUGAUUUGCAGCCUCAAGCUUCCUUCAAUAGUACAAUCGUGCAUAAAAACCCUCACACCCGAUACUGACGUGUUCCUACAUGUUGUGUGGUUGAAUAACAUAGUUUCAUAGUGCCUGUUUACCCCUACUUAUCAUUACAAAACCUCCUGCCUUCCUCUAGGUACCAUAGCUCACUGGAAUGCCACAGGCAUGAUAUGAUAUAAAUAAACUCUACGCAUGAUGACAUAACACAGCCCCCCCCCCCCCCCCCCCCCCCAUCCUCUAAACCAGUGUGGUAUGGACUUGCUACUCGUUGAGGUGCACUGAGUAACUAUGUGUGUGUGUUCUCUCCCAGGUGCAUGAGAAGAAGUGCUCUGACCUGACGGUGGUCCCUGAGAACGAUGAUCCGCUAGACUCUGACACAGAGGCUGAGAAAAACCUGAUGGAGCGCAUCAAGUCCAUAAAACAAGAGAAGUAGGAACUGAACAGAGCCCCUGAUUCACCACUAAAUUCAGCAGAUACACUACAUGGCCAAAAGUAUGUGGACACCCCUUCAAAUGAGUGGAUUUGGCUAUUUCAGCUACAUCCGUUGCUGAUAGGUUUAUAAAAUCGAGCACACAGCUAUGCAAUCUCCAUAGACAAACAUUGGCAGUGGUAUGGCCCGUACUUAAGAGCUCAGUGACUUUCAAUGUGGCACCGUCAUAGGAUGCCACCUUUCCAACAGAGCUACCCCGGUCAACUGUAAGUGCUGUUAUUGUGAAGUGGAAACGUCUAGGCGUAACAACGGCUCAGCCGCGAAGUGGUAGGCCACACAAGCUCACAGAACGGGACCGCCAAAUGCUGAAGCGCGUAAAAGUCGUCUGUCCUCGGUUGCAACACUCACUACCGAGUUCCAAACUGCCUCUGGAAGCAACGUCAGCACAAGAACUGUUCGUUGGGAGCUUAAUGAAAUGGGUUUCCAUGGCCGACAUGCCGCACACAAGCCUAAGUCACCAUGCGCAAUGCCAAGUGUCGGCUGGGGUGGUGUAAAGCUCGCCGCCAUUGGACUCUGGAGCAGUGGAAACGCGUUCUCUAGAGAAAGUUUCCUUCACAGCCCUUUCCUGUUUCAGCAUGACAAUGCCCCAGUGCACAAAGCGAGGUCCAUACAGAAAUGGUUUGUCGAGAUCGGUGUGGAAGUACUUGACUGGCCUGCACAGAGCCCUGACCUCAACUCCAUCGAACACCUUUGAGAUGAUUUGGAACGCCUACUGCGAGCCAGGCCUAAUCGCCCAACAUCAGUGCCCAACCUCACUAAUGCUCUUGUGGCUGAUUGGAAGCAAGUCCCCGCAGCAAUGUUCUAACAUCUAGUGGAAAGCCUUACCAGAAGAGUGGAGGCUGUUAUAGCAGCAACGGGGGGACCAACUCCAUAUUAAUGGCCAUGAUUUUGGAAUGAGAUUUUCGACGAGCAGCUGUCCACAUACUUUUGGCAGUGUAUUGUAUUUUAAUGACGUGAUUUAUACACCGUGGUUAUAUUUAUAUCAUGAGUGCAGUUUAUAUCAUGAGUACAGUCAUGAGUGCAUAUAUUUUACUCAUAGGUAGUCCCGGGAAUCGAACCCACUACUCUGGCAUUACAAGUGCCAUGUUUUACCAACUGAGUUACAAAGGACCACCCAUAUCCAAUGGUUAUAUUUUGUGCCUGCUAUCCACCAAACAACCCUUGGUUACAUUUGUGACCUCUCUGUUUUCUGUCUCUCCCUUCCCCCCCUUUCCCAGGGAAGACCUCGCCUGCAGACUGCCAGAGCUGGAGCAACCUGGUUCUGACCAGGACAAUCUGGACUCUGAGGCGUCGCUGAGCUCUGAGAGCCUGUUGGACGAGCGCUGCAACAACUCGGAGCCUGAAGGUCAGUAUUAAAGGUACAAUCUCUCUCCCCCCUUUCCUACCUAUUCACACCUGUGGGUUUCUCAUCGGCCUGCCUGGCCCCCUGUCUGUCCCUGCUGUCUCUGGUGCAGGUCUGGACAAGCUGGUGGUGCUGCAUUUAAAGAGGUUGGCAGAGAUGCCGUCUGCUCUCUAGCAGGUUGGAGGCUCCCGGUUUCACAAGCAAAGUGUUUGAGUGUGUUUUUGUGUGUUUGCAUGAGUGUUUUGUGUGGCAUGCAGAAACUUUGACCAGACUAACUGGUGGUGGUGGAGUAACAUGGUGGUAGAGGUCUGCGAGGGGUACUGAUUUCUUCAACCCGCUACUGCUGCUUUUCAUACCAUGCUCGCUCCCGCUGACUUGUUGUCCAACUCCCACCCACUCCUGCAAGACUGGUCCCCAACCUGACCGCAGUCCCGCAAUGUUAUUUUAGGUGUACUGUAUGUGACGCAGCUUGCUUUGCAGCCCUGGUCCCAGCAAUUUUGCCACCCUAGUCAAGAUCCUGUAGGUCCUCUGUAGCUCAGCUGGUAGAGCACGGCGCUUGUAACGCCAAGGUAGUGGGUUCGAUCCCCGGGACCACCCAUACACAAAAAAAAAAUGUUAUGCACGCAUGACUGUAAGUCGCUUUGGAUAAAAGCGUCUGCUAAAUGGCAUAUUAUUAUUAUUAUUAUUAAGAUCAAAAUGCGCAAAAAUAGCCUAAGAAAUAGGAUAAAAUACCAGAGAUUCUCACGUGGCCCAUUAUAUUAGGUUAUCGGUAUUAUUGGGCUAUAUCAGCCAAUAGGGUAGUUGGAAAGAGAAUAGGGUUGGCGAAAUAUAGGAGAGUGGACACUAGCUGCUUUUAGCAACGCUAGUAUUUACACACUAGGGUUGCUGGGAAUUAUCUUGCAAAAAAACGUAGUAGUCCACCGGAAGCCAGAAGUUAAAAACUGUUAUAUCGGCCUCCCGAGUGGCGCAGCGGUCUAAGGCACUGCAUCGCAGUGGCGUCACUACAGACCCGGGCUCGAUCCCAGGCUGUGUCGCCGGCUGCGACAGGGAAACCCAUGAGGCGGCGCACAAUUGGCUCAGCAUCGUCCGGGUUAGGGGAGGGUUUGGCCGGCCGGGAUAUCCUUGUCCCAUCGCGAUCUAGCGACUCCUUGUGGCGGGCCCUGCGCAUGCAGGCUGACUCGUGUCGCCAGUUGUACGGCGUUUCCUCCGACACAUUGGUGUCAAGCAGUGUGUCAAGAAGCAGUGCGGCUUGGCAGGGUUGUGUUUCGGAGGACGCAUGGCUUUCGACCUUCGCCUCUCCCGAGUCCGUACGACCUUCGCCUCUUCCGAGUCCGUAACUACCAAUUGGAUAUCACGAAAUUGGGGAGAAAAAGGGGUAACAAAUGUACAAACAAAAAACUGUUAAAUUCCCGUGGAUUGAUGAGGAAUUGAAAAGUUGUAUGGUUGAGAGGGAUGAGGCAAAAGGAAUGGCAAAUAAGUCUGGCUGCACAACCGAUUGGCAAACGUACUGCAAAUUGAAAAAUCAAGUGACUAAACUCAAUAAAAAGAAGGAGAAACUACACUAUAAAACAAAGUUUAUAUAAAGAAUGGUAGUAAAAAGCUUUGGAGAACCUUAAAUGAAAUUUCGGGCAAAAAGGCAAACUCGGCUCCAUUCAUUGAAUCAUCACAAAACCCACUGAUAUUGCCAAUUACUUGGCAAGAUUAGCAGACUUAGGCAUGACAUGCCAGCAACAAACGCUGACACUACACAUCCAAGUAUAACUGAUCAAAUGAUGAAAGACUAGCAUUAUAAUUUUGAAUUUCGUGAAGUGAGUGUGGAAAAGGAAUGUUGUCUAUAAAACAAUGACAAGCCACCGGGGUCUGACAACUUGGAUGGAAAAUUACGAGGAUAAUAGUGGACGAUAUUGCCCCUCCUAUUUGCCAUGUCUUCAAUCUAAGCCUACUAGAAAGUGUGUGCCCUCAGGCCUGGAGGGAAGCAAAAGUAAUUCCGCUACCCAAGAAUAGUAAAGCCCCCGUUAUUAGCUCAAAUAGCCGACCAAUCAGCCUGUUUACCACAGGUGGACUCCAAUCAAGUUGUAGAAACAUCUCAAGGAUGAUCAAUGGAAACAGGAUGCACCUGAGCUCAAUUUUAAAUCUCAUAGCAAAGGGUCUGAAUACUUACUUGCAAACAUUUCUAAAAACCUGUUUUCGCUUUGUCAUUAUGGGGUAUUGUGUGUAGAUUGAUGAGGAAAAAAUUAAUGUUAUAAAUUUUAGAAUAAGGCUGUAACGUUACAAAAUGUGGAAAGGUCAAGGGGUCUGAAUAGUUUCCGAAUGCACUGUAUGUGAUAGUAGUAGUAGUGGCCUGAGGGAACACACUUAAUAUGUUGUGAAAAUUGUUAUGAAAUGUAAUGUCAUGUAAUAUUUUAAAUUGUAUAUAACUGCCUUUAUGUUGCUGGACCCCAGGAAGAGUAGCUGCAGCCUUGGAGGAAGUGGGUCCAAGACAGACCCACGUUUAGAAAGUCUGUUUAAUUUAUGUUCUAUUAGAUGUUUUUUUUUUAAAUUCAAAAUCCCCCCCCCCCCCCCCGCCCCCCAUGCGUUAUCAUAUUUAUUUCCAGCUCAAUUUGGAGCCUUUUUUGUGCCUUUUCAAAACACAUUUCAUGAAAUUUACUAAUUUAUGACAAAGACAUUAGCUGAUAAAUUAUUUAAUACACACAAAUGCCGAAAUGAGUGCUACUCGCACUGACCAACUGAGAUCAAUCUGGUCUUGAAUUGAACAAUAGGCCAGGCCAAUGAAGCGACACAAUUUAGGAGGCUCGGUAGGCUACUAUUUUUUAUUUAACCAUUUAUUUAACACAGGUAAGCCGUUGAGAACAAGUCUUCAUUUACAACUGCGACCUGGCCAGGAUAAGCAAAGCAGUGCGAUUAAAAAACAACAAACACAGAGUUAACAUAUGGGGUAAAACAACAACAUAAAGUCAAAAAUUACCACAGAAAAUAUAUAUAGUGUGUUGCAAAUGUAGCAAGUUAUGGAGGUAGGCAAUAAAUAGGCCAUAGUUGCAAAAAUAAUUACAAUUAGUAUUAACACUGGAUAUGAUAGAUGUGCAAGAGAUCUAUGUGCAAAUAGAGAGACUGGGGGGGCAAUGAGCAAAAAGGUCUUUUGUCACCUAAAACAAUUGGAUCUAAAAUAUCAACCAGAUUAUUUCCCACGGGGGGCCAGUAUGAAAAAUGUAUGGCACUCCUAACUGUAAGUAGCUCUGGAUAAGAGCGUCUGCUAAAUGGACCUAAACAUGGAAAUGUAAAUGUUAAAAUUAAAUAACAAUAUCGGGGAUGAGGUAGUUGAGUGGGCUAAUUUCCGAAGAGGGCUGGUUAACAGGUGCAGUGAUCGUUAAGUUGCUCUGACAACUGAUGCUUAAAGUUAGUGAGGGAGAUAAGUGUCUCCAGCUUCAGAGAUUUUUGCAGUUCGUUCCAGUCAUUGGCAGCAGAGAACUGGGUAGGAAUGGCGGCCAAAGGAGGUGUUGGCUUUGGGAUGACCAGUGAGAUAUACCUGCUGGAGCGCAUACUACGAGUGGGUGUUGCUAUGGUGACCAAUGAGCUAAGAUAAGGCAGGGAUUUGCCUAGCAGUGAUUUAUAGAUGGCCUGGAGCUAGUGGGUUUGGCGACGAAUAUGUAGUGAGGACCAGCCAACAAGAGCGUACAGGUCACAGUGGUGGGUAGCGUAUGGGGCUUUGGAGACAAAACGGAUGGCACUGUGAUAGACUACAUCCAAUUUGCUGAGUAGAGUGUUGGAGGCUAUUUUGUAAAUGACAUCGCCGAAGUCAAGGAUCGGUAGGAUAGUCAGUUUUACGAGGGCAUGUUUGGCAGCUUGAGUGAAGGAGGCUUUGUUGCGAAAUAGGAAGCCAAUUCUAGAUUUAACUUUGAAUUGGAGAUGCUUAAUGUGAGUCUGGAAGGAGAGUUUACAGUCUAACCAGACACCUAGGUAUUUGUAGUUGUCCACAUACUCUAGGUCAGACCCGUCGAGAGUAGUGAUUCUAGUCGGGUGGGCGGGUGCCAGCAGCGUUCGAUUGAAGAGCAUGCAUUUAGUUUUACUAGUGUUUAAGAAAAGUUGGAGGCUACGGAAGGAGUGUUGUAUGGCAUUGAAGCUCGUUUGGAGGUUUGUUAACACAGUGUCCAAUGAAGGGCCAGAUGUAUACAAAAUGGUGUCGUCUGCGUAGAGGUGGAUCUGAGAGUCACCAGCAGCAAGAGCGACAUCAUUGAUAUACACAGAGAAAAGAGUCGACCCAAGAAUUGAACCCUGUGGCACCCCCAUAGAGACUGCCAUAGGUCCAGACAACAGGCCCUCCGAUUUGACACAUUGAACUCUAUCUGAGAAGUAGUUGGUGAACCAGGCGAGGCAGUCAUUGGAGAAACCAAGGCUAUUUAGUCUGCCAAUAAGAAUGCAGUGGUUGACAAAGUCGAAAGCCUUGGCCAGGUCGAUGAAGACGGCUGCACAGUACUGUCUAUUAUCAAUCGCGGUUAUAAUAUCGUUUAGGACCUUGAGCGUGGGCAAGUUGCAGCGGAGGGUGCAGAGCUGGUGGCCAGGGUAGUGGUAGCCAGGUGGAAAGCAUGGCCAGCCGUAGCAAAAUGCUUGUUGAAAUUCUCGAUUAUUGUAGAUUUAUCGGUGGUGAUAGUGUUUCCUAGCCUCAGUGCAGUGGGCAGCUGGGAGGAGGUGCUCUUAUUCUCCAUGGACUUUACAGUGUCCCAAAACUUUUUGGAGUUAGUGCUACAGGAUGCAAAUUUCUGUUUGAAAAAGCUAGCCUUUACUUUCCUAACUGCUUGUGUAUAUUGGUUCCUAACUUCCCUGAAAAGUUGCAUAUCGCGGGGGCUAUUCGAUGUUAAUGCAGUACACCACAGGAUGUUUUUGUGCUGGUCAAGGGCAGUCAAGUCUGAGGAGAACCAGGGGCUAUAUCUGUUCUUAGUUCUGAAUUUUUUGAAUGGGGCAUGCUUAUUUAAGAUUGAGAGGAAAGCACUUUUAAAGAACAACCAGGCAUUCUCUACUGACGGAAUGAGAUCGAUAUCCAUCCAGGUCAAUUAGGAUGGCCUGCUCGCUAAAGUGUUAUAGGGAGCGUUUGACAGUGAUGAGGGAGGGGCCGUGUGACCGCGGACCCGUUACGGACGCAGGCAAUAAGGCAGUGAUCGCUGAGAUCCUGGUUGAAGACAGCGGAGGUGUAUUUAGAGGGUAAGUUAGUAAGGAUGAUAUCUAUGAGGGUGCCCAUGUUUACGGAUUUAGGGUUGUACCUGGUAGGUUCUUUGAUCAGUUGUGUGAGAUUGAGAGCAUCUAGUUUGGAUUGUAGGAUGGCCGGGGUGUUAAGCAUAUCCCAGUUUAGGUCACCAAGCAGUAUGAACUCUGAGGAUAGAUGGGGGGCAAUCAAUUCACAUAUGGUGUCCAGGGCACAGCUGGGGGCUGAGGGGGGUCUGUAGCAAACGUCAACAGUGAGAGACUUAUUUCUGGAAAGGUGGAUUUUUAGAAGAAGGAGCUCAAACUGUUUGGGCACAGACCUGGAUAGUAUGAUAGAGCUCUGCAGGCUAUCUCUACAGUAGAUUGCAACUCCACCCCCUUUGGCAGUUCUAUCUAGACGGAAAAUGUUGUAGUUGGGGAUGGACAUUUCUGAAUUUUUGGUGGCCUUCCUAAGCCAGGAUUCAGACACUGCUAGAACAUCAGGGUUGGCGGAGUGUGCUAACGCAGUGAAUAACGCAAACUUAGGAAGGAGGAUUCUGAUGUUAACGUGCAGAAAACUAAGGCUUUUACGGUUACAGAAGUCAACAAAUGAUAACUCCUGGGGAGUAGGGGUGAUACUGGGGGCUGCAGGGCCUGGGUUAGCCUCUACAUCACCAGAGGAACAGAGGAGGACUAGAAUAAGGAUACAGCUAAAGGCUUUAAGAACUGGUCUUCUAGUGCGUUGGGUACAGAGAAUAAAGGGGGCAGAUUUCCGGGCGUUGUAGAAUAGAUUCAGGGCAUUAUGUACAGACAAGGAUAUGGAAGGAUAUGAGUACAGUGGAGGUAAACCUAAGCGUUGGGUAACAAUGAAAGAGAUAGCAUCACUGGAGGCACCGAUUGAGCCUGUCUCUGCGUGUUUUUUUUUGGUUUUUUUUGUUUUUUUUUCACCUUUAUUUAACCAGGUAAGCCAGUUGAGAACAAGAUGAGGUAGUUGGGUGGGCUAAUUUCAGAUGGGCUGUGUACAGGUGCAGUGAUCGGUAAGGUGCUCUGACAACUGAUGCUUAAAGUUAGUGAGGGAGAUAUGAGUCUCCAGCUUCAUAUUUUUGCAGUUCGUUCCAGUCAUUGGCAGCAGAGAACUGGAAGGAAUGGCGGCCAAAGGAGGUGUUGGCUUUGGGGAUGACCAGUGAGAUAUACCUGCUGGAGCACAUACUACGGGUGGGUGUUGCUAUGGUGACCAAUGAGCUAAGAUAAGGCAGGGAUUUGCCUAGCAGUGAUUUAUAGAUGGCCUGGAGCCAGUGGGUUUGGCGACAAAUAUGUAGUGAGGACCAGCCAACAAGAGCGUACAGGUCACAGUGGUGGGUAGCGUAUGGGGCUUUGGAGACAAAACGGAUGGCACUGUGAUAGACUACAUCCAAUUUGCUGAGUAGAGUGUUGGAGGCUAUUUUGUAAAUGACAUCGCCGAAGUCAAGGAUCGGUAGGAUAGUCAGUUUUACGAGGGCAUGUUUGGCAGCUUGAGUGAAGGAGGCUUUGUUGCGAAAUAGGAAGCCAAUUCUAGAUUUAACUUUGAAUUGGAGAUGCUUAAUGUGAGUCUGGAAGGAGAGUUUACAGUCUAACCAGACACCUAGAUAUUUGUAGUUGUCCACAUAAUCUAGGUCAGACCCGUCGAGAGUAGUGAUUCUAGUCGGGUGGGCGGGUGCAAGCAGCGUUCGGUUGAAGAGCAUGCAUUUAGUUUUACUAGUGUUUAAGAGCAGUUGGAGGCUACUGAAGGAGUGUUGUAUGGCAUUGAAGCUCGUUUGGAGGUUUGUUAACACAGUGUCCAAUGAAGGGCCAGAUGUAUACAAAAUGGUGUUGGGGGGGUGGAACAAAGGAGCUAUUUGAGGCAGUUUGAGAAUGACUUGGGGUUCUAUAUUGAAAUUGUAUAAUAAGAACUAACUGGAACAGCAAUAGGCAAGGCAUAUUGACAUGGGAGAGAGGCAUAAAGGAAUCACAGGUGUUAUUAGAGAGAGCUAAGACAACAACUGGUAAUGGCGAUGAAAGUUUGGGCUGAGGCUAAACAGAUAAACAGGACAGGGUACCGUGUAAAGGAACAGUCCAGCAGGCAUCAGCUGUGUAGCUGAGUGAUCAUAAGGUCCAGUGAACAGCAAUAUGUGAGUCCGAGAGCAGUUCGAAUUGAUGCUAAAGCACAGCGAGCAGGAAGCACGGCUGUUGUUUGCGUGUGCUAGCAGGCCGGGGCUAGCAGAUGGAUCUUCGUGGUCGUGGUACUAAAUACAAUCUCCAGUGUCACACUGACUCACCUAAUUAUGAAGGCUACUUCUCACUGUGAUGACCAAUGCGCUCCUCUUGGCAAUAGCCUACUUCAAGAUGAGCUACUUUGAAAACAGUACUGCUGUUAGAUAAAAAAAUGGUUUAUAUAGGUUCUACAAGCCGAUUAGUCUUCCAUUUUCAGCGGUAGGCAUUUAUUUGCUUUCCAAACUGUAUGUUUUUCCCGCAUUUGUAUUUAGAAAUUUGCAAAAGGCAAACAGACAGCUGCAACCAACCGUAGAAAUAUAAUCAAUAGAUGGCAGUACCCAUUCAAGUCAGGACUGGCAGCCAUUGUUAGUGUACCUGUAAGUUUAACAUUCAAAUUGCCAAGGUAAAAGGUUCCAAAACCACUCUGGAUUAUAUGUCUAUGGCCACAAUGCAACAAGCUGUAUAUUUGGCGCGCGUGCUGCCCAUAUUGUGGCCUUCCCGACUGUAGGCAUACCAGUAACUGCCAAGAUAAAGGAAACACCUGAGUAAAUUACAUGAGUCAAUCUCCCGAGUGGCGCAGUGGUCUAAGGCACUGCAUCGCAGUGCUAGCUGUGCCACUAGAGAUCCUGGUUCGAAUCCAGGCUCUGUCGUAGCCGGCCGCGACCGGGAGACCCAUGGGGCGGCGCACAAUUGGCCCAGCGUCGUCCAGGGUAGGGGAGGGAAUGGCCGGCAGGGGAUGUAGCUCAGUUGGUAGAGCAUGGCGUUUGCAACGCCAGGGUUGUGGGUUCGAUAAAAUAAUGUAUGCGCUAACUGUAAGUCGCUCUGGAUAAGAGCGUCUGCUAAAUGACGUAAAUGUAAUGUAAAUGUAAGUGGGACACUGGAAAUUGUAUUUAGUAGCCUACUGUAGCCUCCUAAUUUCAACAGUAAAAGUUCAAGGACGUCUGAUGUCCAGAAUCUAUAUAAUUUGGCCCUGUUUAAAUAACUUACAACUUUAGAAUUGAGCUGUAUGUUAUCUCCAUUUGCGAAAAUAAAACAGAAGGAACUAGAAUGUAUUUAUCGAAGCAAAUGUUCUGAUAUGGAUGACUCCAGGCGUGUUUAAACAUGUGGUUACUAGGAACAGAACAACAAUAGAGCAACUGUAAAGGUUGGGGAAGUGGUAGUGCAUACAGAUGGAAUAAGGAAGUUACCUAACUGGAAUUAUUCAACAGAAGAUUUGGCACUGUAAACACGUCUUUAUUGCAAGCACACAGUUAGACAGGGAAUUUGACCUUUUUUAUUGCAGGCUACUUAAUACAUUGUUAUUGUAGAUAGCGAAAGAUUUGCCGUUCAGAGCAACAUCAAUGCGAUACAAGAUGCUGUAUAGUAGACAAAUAAAUAUUUGAUAGUGACCAUGUUUCCAUCCACAGUUUUCAUGAGAGUAAAGUCACCUUAUAAAAAGAAAAUCACGACAGUUGUGAUGGAAACAGGAAGGUUCGGUACAAUUUUAUAAAUGCAGACAGACAAUUUGUUCAUUCGACAUAGUGGAUAUUUUUGUGUCGGUAAAAUGUAUUAUGUGAGAAAUGGCAAUGGAAAUGCCUUUAUGUGCAAAUACUGAUAUAAUAUAACCAUCAUAUCGAAGAAAACUUGGAGUCACGCGAUGAUAUGGUGUCUGGCCCUUUUGAAAAGUAUGUGGUCAUACACACAUCCUUAAAAAACAUAGGUGCUGGGCUAAUAAAGAAUACUAGUAAAGAAUAAGAAGGCCCGCACACUCUUUAAGCUCCCAAUUCCUCGCUUUAUUGACUGUUUCAAUCCGAAAUGGAUUUUCGUCAGGUCAAACUGAGUGCUCACUUCCCAAAAUAUACACAUUUCACUUCCCAUGACCAUUACGCACAUGUAGUGGCGAUAUUAACAUGUAAAUAUGGGUGGGCAAACUCAAAAAAAUGUUUUUAGAUGCAUGCACUAUAACGGUGACAAGCGGUACCACAAACUGUUAGGACCUACAUAAAACUCUCCCAACACCUUACCACUGCUACACCUGGCUAACAGCGAAGCCUUGUCUGGCAGCGAAACAGUUCAUUCAGCCUCAAUUUUUACUUUUCAUUCUUUAACUAAAUAUACUUUCCUGCAACCCACGUCACCCAACGUGGAAAGGAUUCUAUUAUUUCUUUAUAACUUUCAUCAAGAACCUUAAGUUGAAACUAGUGUAGCUGCAACUGAAUGGCUACUUGCAAUUAGUCACCGUUAGCGUCUUCACCACUGUCCGUGGCCUACACUAUCCACCAGCCAGCUCUAGCUCUAGCCUGGACAAUUCGUCGGCCAGUCUGCACAGCGUGCUAUCGACCCAGAGCUUAUUGGACUUUCUGCCGGAAUCACUGGAACCUAGCGCCGGAUCAUCGCAACCAGCUAGCUAGCUGCAACCUGUUGUUGGCUAAUUACCAUUGCCCUAUAGCAAGCACCAGUUAGCCUUGAGCUAGCCUCAGGCCCAUCUCCCGGCUAUCUACCUCUCUGUCAACCGGACGGGACCUCCUAGUGUUGACACUGAGCCCCGCCGACCCAACACGACUGGUUUGCCGACGAAAUAGUCUGAUGUGGUUUCAACAGGCUUCCCGUUGCGACGACCACGAAGAUCCAUCUGCCAGCCCCGGCCCGCUAGCACACGCAAACUACAACUGUGCUCCCUGCUAGCUGUGCUGAAGCACCAAUUUGAACUGCUCUCGGACUCACAUAUUGCUGUUCACUGGACCUUAUGAUCACUCAGCUGCACAGCUGAUGCCUGCUGGACUGUUCCUUUACACGGUACCCUGUCCUGUUUAUUCUGUUUAGCCUUAGCCCAAACGUUAUCGCUAUUUCCAGUUGUUGUCUUAGCUCUCUCUAAUAACACCUGUGACUGCUUUAUGCCUCUCUCCCAUGUCAAUUAUGCCUUGCCUAUUGCUGUUUGGGUUAGUUCUUAUUAUACAAUUUCACUGUAUAACCCCUAGUCCCUCUCAAACUGCCUCAAAUAGUUCCUUUGUUCCACCCCCCAUACACGCCGAGACCGGCUCAAUCGGUGCCUCCAGUGACGCUAUCUCUUUCAUUGUUACCCAACGCUUAGGGUUACCUGAACUGUACUCAUAUCCUUCCAUAUCCUUUUCUGUACAUAAUGCCCUGAAUCUUUUCUACAACGCCCGGAGAACUGCCCCCUUUAUUCUAUGUACCCAACGCACUAGAAGACCAGUUCUUAAAGCCUUUAGUCGUAUCCUUAUUCUAGUCCUCCUCUGUUCCUCUGGUGAUGUAGAGGCUAACCCAGGCCCUGCAGCCCCCAGUAUCACUCCUACUCCCCAGGAGCUAUCAUUUGUUGACUUCUGUAACCGUAAAAGUCUUGGUUUUCUGCACGUAAAUCAGAAGCCUCCUUCCUAAGUUUGAGUUAUUCACUGCGUUAGCACACUCCGCCAACCCUGAUGUUCUAGCAGUGUCUGAAUCCUGGCUUAGGAAGGCCACCAAAAAUUCUGAAAUUUCCAUCCCCAACUAUAACAUUUUCCGUCUAGAUAGAACUGCCAAAGGGGGUGGAGUUGCAAUCUACUGUAGAGAUAGCCUGCAGAGCUCUAUCAUACUAUCCAGGUCUGUGCCCAAACAGUUUGAGCUUCUACUUCUAAAAAUCCACCUUUCCAGAAAGAAAUCUCUCACUGUUGCCGCUUGCUACAGACCUCCCUCAGCCCCCAGCUGUGCCCUGGACACCAUAUGUGAAUUGAUUGCCCCCCAUCUAUCCUCAGAGUUCGUACUGCUUGGUGACCUAAAUUGGGAUAUGCUUAACACCCCGGCCAUCCUACAAUCUAAACUAGAUGCCCUCAAUCUCACACAAAUUAUCAACGAACCUACCAGGUACAACCCUAAAUCCGUAAACAUGGGUACCCUCAUAGAUAUCAUCCUGACUAACUUACCCUCUAAAUACACCUCCGCUGUCUUCAACCAGGAUCUCAGCGAUCACUGCCUUAUUGCCUGCGUCCGUAACGGGUCCGCGGUCAAACGACCACCCCUCAUCACUGUCAAACGCUCCCAAAAACACUUCAGCGAGCAGGCCUUCCUAAUUGACCUGGCCCAGGUAUCCUUGAUGGAUAUAGAUCUCAUUCCGUCAGUAGAGGAUGCCUGGUUGUUCUUUAAAAGUAAUUUCCUCUCAAUCUUAAAUAAACAUGCCCCAUUCAAAAAAUACAGAACUAAGAACAGAUAUAGCCCCUGGUUCUCCUCAGACUUGACUGCCCUUGACCAGCACAAAAACAUCCUGUGGCGUACUGCAUUAGCAUCAAAUAGCCCCCGCGAUAUGCAACUUUUCAGGGAAGUUAGGAACCAAUAUACACACAAGCAGUUAGGAAAGCAAAGGCUAACUUUUUCAAACAGAAAUUUGCAUCCUGUAGCACUAACUCCAAAAAGUUUUGGGACACUGUAAAGUCUAUGGAAAAUAAGAGCACUUCCUCCCAGCUGCCCACUGCACUGAGGCUAGGAAACACUAUCACCACCGAUAAAUCUACAAUAAUCGAGAAUUUCAACAAGCAUUUUGCUACGGCUGGCCAUGCUUUCCACCUGGCUACCACUACCCCGGCCACCAGCUCUGCACCCUCCGCUGCAACUUGCCCAUGCCCCCCCCGCUUCUCCUUCACACAAAUCCAGACAGCUGAUGUUCUGAAAGAGCUGCAAAAUCUGGACCCCUACAAAUCAUCUGGGCUAGACAAUCUGGACCCUUUCUUUCUAUAACUAGCCGCCGAAAUUGUCGCAACCCCUAUUACUAGCCUGUUCAACCUCUCUUUCGUAACGUCUGAGAUCCCCAGAGAUUGGAAAGCUGCCGCGGUCAUCCCCCUCUUCAAAGGGGGUGACACUCUAGAUCCAAACUGUUACAGACCCAUAUCCAUCCUGCCCUGCCUUUCUAAAGUUUUUGAAAGCCAAGUCAACAAACAGAUCACCGACCAUUUCGAAUCCCAUCGUACCUUCUCCGCUAUGCAAUCCGGUUUCCGAGCUGGUCAUGGGUGCACUUCAGCCACGCUCAAGGUCCUAAACGAUAUUAUAACCGCGAUCGAUAAUAGACAGUACUGUGCAGCCGUUUUCAUUGACCUGGCCAAGGCUUUCGACUCUGUCAACCACCGCAUUCUUAUUGCCAGACUAAAUAGCCUUGGUUUCUCAAAUGACUGCCUCGCCUGGUUCACCAACUACUUCUCAGAUAGAGUUCAAUGUGUCAAAUCGGAGGGCCUGUUGUCUGGACCUAUGGCAGUCUCUAUGGGGGUGCCACAGGGUUCAAUUCUUGGGUCGACUCUUUUCUCUGUGUAUAUCAAUGACGUCGCUCUUGCUGCUGGUGACUCUCAGAUCCACCUCUACGCAGACGACACCAUUUUGUAUACAUCUGGACCUUCAUUGGACACUGUGUUAACAAACCUCCAAACGAGCUUCAAUGCCAUACAACACUCCUUCAGUAGCCUCCAACUGCUCUUAAACACUAGUAAAACUAAAUGCAUGCUCUUCAACCGAACGCUGCUUGCACCCGCCCACCCGACUAGAAUCACUACUCUCGACGGGUCUGACCUAGAGUAUGUGGACAACUACAAAUAUCUAGGUGUCUGGUUAGACUGUAAACUCUCCUUCCAGACUCACAUUAAGAAUCUCCAAUCCAAAGUUAAAUCUAGAAUCGGUUUCCUAUUUCGCAACAAAGCCUCCUUCACUCAUGCUGCCAAACAUGCCCUCGUAAAACUGACUAUCCUACCGAUCCUUGACUUCGGCGAUGUCAUUUACAAAAUAGCCUCCAACACUCUACUCAGCAAAUUGGAUGUAGUCUAUCACAGUGCCAUCCGUUUUGUCUCCAAAGCCCCAUAUACUACCCACCACUGUGACCUGUACGCUCUUGUUGGCUGGUCCUCACUACAUAUUAGUCGCCAAACCCACUGGCUCCAGGCCAUCUAUAAAUCACUGCUAGGCAAAUCCCCGCCUUAUCUUAGCUCAUUGGUCACCAUAGCAACACCCACCCGUAGUCUGCGCUCCAGCAGGUAUAUCUCACUGGUCAUCCCCAAAGCCAACACCUCCUUUGGCCGCCAUUCCUUCCAGUUCUCUGCUGCCAAUGACUGGAACAAAUUGCAAAAAUCUCUGAAGCUGGAGACACUUAUCUCCCUCACUAACUUUAAGCAUCAGUUGUCAGAGCACCUUACCGAUCACUGCACCUGUACACAGCCCAUCUGAAAUUAGCCCGCCCAACUACCUCAUCCCUAUAUUGUUAUUUAUUUUGCUCAUUUGUACCCCAGUAUCUCUAUUUGCACAUCAUCUCUUGCACAUCUAUCAUUCCAGUGUUAAUACUAAUUGUAAUUAUUUUGCACUAUAGCCUAUUUAUUGCCUUACCUCCAUAACUUGCUACAUUUGCACACACUGUAUAUAUAUGUAUUUCUGUUGUAUUUUUGACUUUGUUUUGUUUUACCCCAUAUAUAACUCUGUGUUGUUGUUUUUAUCGCACUGCUUUGCUUUAUCUUGGCCAGGUCGCAGUUGUAAAUGAGAACUUGUUCUCAACUGGUUUACCUGGUUAAAUAAAGGUGAAAUAAAAAUUAAAUUAAAAAAAUACUGUCAAUUGAGAUGUACAAACUAUGGCAUAAGGGGACGACGAGCAGAUAAGAGGCAAUUCGUAAUUUCGAUUAAGACAUUCAUGAGCGAACUAGGACGGACGUAGUCAAUAUCAUUAUUUGUUUAGCACUUUUGAAAUGUACAGCGACAGAAUUCAGAACAUGGGCCGUUCUUACAGUAUUCUCCCUGUACACCAAGUCAGAACCGUAGGAUAAAUAAAGGGGGCAUUUAUCAGACAAUGAAAGCGCUUACAAUAUUCGAUGAUGACAUUUCUUUAAAACAGGCUAUAGGCUACGUGUGCACCACCAAGUCAGAACAGUAGGAUAAAUUAUGAGGGAAAAAGGGACCAAAUUAUUAGGGUGAGGCACAUGGGCUACUAACAGCUUACUACACAACAUACAUUUAGUAUUACUUGGCAAGAUUAGCAGACUUAGGCAUUACAUGCCAGCAACAAACGCUGACACUACACAUCCAAGUAUAACUGAUUAAAUUAUGAAAGACGAGCAUUGACAUUUUGAAUUCUGUAAAGUGAGUGUGGAAGAGGUGGAAAAAUUGUUGUUGUCUAUAAAACAAUGACAAGCCGCCAGGGUCUGACAACUUGGAUGAAAAAUUACGAGGAUAAUAGCGGACGAUAUUGCCCCUCCUAUUUGCCAUGUCUUCAAUCUAAGCCUACUAGAAAGUGUGUGCCCUCAAGCCUGGAGGGAAGCAAAAGUAAUUCCGCUACCCAAGAAUAGUAAAGCCCCCGUUAUUGGCUCAAAUAGCCGACCAAUCAGCCUGUUUACCCAGGUGGACUCCAAUCAAGUUGUAGAAACAUCUCAAGGAUGAUCAAUGGAAACAGGAUGCACCUGAGCUCAAUUUCAAGUCUCAUAGCAAAGGGUCUGAAUACUUACUUGCAAACAUUUCUAAAAACCUGUUUUCGCUUUGUCAUUAUGGGGUAUUGUGUGUAGAUUGAUGAGGAAUAAAAUUAAUGUUAUCAAUUUUAGAAUAAGGCUGUAAAGUUACAAAAUGUGGAAAAGUCAAGGGGUCUGAAUACUUUCCGAAUGCACUGUAUGUGAUAGUAGAGUAGUGGCCAGAGGGAACACACUUAAUGUGUUGUGAAAAAUGUUAUGAAAUGUAAUGUCAUGUAUAUUUUAAAUUGUAUAUAACUGCCUUUAUGUUGCUGGACCCCAGGAAAAGUAGCUGCUGCCUUGGCUGCAGCUAAACGGCAUCCUUAAUAAAUACAAAUACAAAUCUCAUUCAAUUUCAACUUACUCUGUCGAUUGUCUGUAGGCUUGGCCCUAAUGCAGGGGGAAUUUCAAAAAACAAACAUAAUAAACAGAAUUUCCAAACGUGGGUCUGUUGUAGACCCAUGGAGUUCCUCAGUGAGGUCAGUUCCUCUCUACUUCCUUCAUGUCAAAAUAGAAGUCCCCCACAAGUUCUUGCUUUUUUGUGUGCAGGUGUGGCAUACGUGCAGGACAUGAGGUAAGCGGAGAGGAAGUGGGUCUACGACAGACCCACGUUUGGAAAGUCUGUUUAAUUUAUGCCCUAUUCGAUUUUUUUUUCUUCUAAAUUCCCCCCUGCAUAACGACCAACCCUAUGGACAAUCGGCAGAGUAAAUUGAAAUUGAAUUGAAUUUAGCUUCCGGUGGACUAUUCCAUUAUUUAUUUUUUUAAGCUAAUUGUAAUAGUGGACACUUGACUUGAGCAACAUUUUGCAUAACUUUUAGGAGCGGGACCAUUUGCAAGCAGAGUAAAAUAAAUGCAUUAUCAAUAUUUAUUUAUGGUCAAUGUUGGAGUCUAAACUAUACCCUAUCAUAUUUAGGAAGUUAAAGACAACAGCGCCGUGCCUCUUCGCCCAUAUAGCGUUGUCUACAGGCUAUUGAAUUGAGACCACACAUAAUGUAUAGGCGCGCUAGAUUUUGCACAGCUAACACAAGAGAAGAUAGGUAGGCUACUGAUCGUAAAUCAGCAAGAAUUAGGCAAUUAGUUUGAAUAUUGCGACAAGGGUGCUUUUAAUGCAAUAGAUGACGAAUAGCCUACAAAACAAAAAGACAACAGUGUUUCAAAAUUAUCUUGCAUAAAUUCCAGUCAAUGUCGGAGCCUUAACUAAAGCCUAUAAUAUUUAGGAAGUGGCUAUUUAGGCUAUUUAAUUGAGAUCACGCAUAGGCGCAUUUGAUAUUGCACGCCAAACACAAGAGAGGAGAGGUAGGCCACUGAAUUUGAAGCAGAAUUAUCCUAUGAGAGUUUGUGAAUAUUGCGACAAAGAGCUGAUUUAAUACAAUAGUUAACACAUACAAAACAGAAAGACAACCGUUGAAAAUAAUCUGCGGGGGGAAAAAUAUAUUGUCAUCCCAAAUUUGUCUGACUGACUGCCCACUGGAAUUUAGCUCUCUACAUGGUGGCAUGUUUUUGUAGUGAUAUGAGCCCUUUUAGGAUGGCUGCUAUACUUUAACUCUCUGAGUGGAUUAUGCAGUUUUUUCCUCCUCCUAACUCUUUCUCUCUCAUCCCUCUCUUCCAGGGAGAGGUUUUUUCCUGUUGAAUAAGGCCAAGCUGAACUGCCCUCCCAAGCCCUCUGACCUGGCCCAGAGACCUAUGUCCCCAGGGGGGUGUUCCUCCCCCCCCAACCUCGUCUCCACUGUUGCCUCUGCCUUUGGCGCCACCUCCCGGCACCAGCUGCAACGCCGCCGCCCCAUCAUCCCCGGCACGGUGAAGCUGCCCCCGGGCAUCCACUCGCACCCCCCCACUGUGGCCCUCACCCCCCCUGCCAGCAGUGGCUUCAGCCUGGUGAAGAGGCGGGAGCAGCCCGCCCGACGCAAAGACAGCAUCCAGUCCCUGUACAUCAGCCCGGACAAGGACCUGUUCCCCUCUCCCCCCUCCAUCUCCUCCCUCUCCCUUUCCACCUCCACCCCACAGAGCCUCCAGACCGCCAGCAAGGCCCUUAGACGGUUCUCAGACCCAGACAUCCCCUAUGUAGAUGAGGCCUGA